UACUUCCCCGUCCUCUGCGAAAUCUUGAAGUCGACAACGAAGAAACGGUACGCCACAAUGACUGAGAAACGGGCGAUGACAAAUAAAAAUGAGGACGCCUCGACGAGUGCGCCAGAAACUACUAAAAAGCGACAGUCCUCACAAAUUGACGAUGGCGAGGAGUUAACGACGAUCGCCGAAAAGGAUGAUCCCAAACUGUAUUUCACAAACUUCCAACAAAUUGGGAAAGGAGGAUUUGGUGAAGUUUUUGUCGCGACACGAAAAGAAGACGGGAAGUUAGUGGCAUUGAAAAUAUUGAAACACUCGGCGAAUGAAAGGUAUAGCAAAAUUGGUAUUGAAGUCGCUCGAUUGUAUCAUUGGCGCCACCCAAACAUAGUUGGAUUUGAAGGGUGUUGGAUCUUUGAUAAUCGGGUGUAUAUUGGGAUGGAGUAUUGUUCACAAGGCACGUUAAAGUCGUUGAUGAAAACAAAACAACACUUCAAUGAACCAGAUACUGCGUUUUUGAUUCGCGAGACGUUACGGGCGUUACAGUACAUUCACGAGUUCGGGUUCAUUCACAGAGAUAUCAAAACAGCGAAUAUCAUGUUGUCUUCUACACAUGCAGUUAAGGUGAUUGAUUUCGGAUUGGUCGUGAGAGCGUCAAACAACCCCUCCAACCGAGCUGGAAGUAAAGCUUACAUGGCGCCAGAGGUUAUAAAACAAGAGCCUUAUGAUUAUCGAGUGGACGUGUGGAGUGUCGGGUGUGUGUGCCAAGAGUUAUUAGAAGGGAAUCCCCCAUACAAAGAAGUUGGGUUAGUUAAAGGGACGUUUAAGACUGCGACUAUUGGUGCGAUGGGAUUAAGAAACCCAACAAAGGUGUCGAAAGAGUUGAAAGACUUCAUCGCUCGAUGCUUUGUGUUCGACUUCAAACAACGCCCUUCAUGCGCAGAACUUCUCAAGAUGCCCUUUUUCGACAUGGCAGAGAGUAGUCUUCUCAAGAAACAGGUCAAGCCAGAUGCUGUUGAGUAA